UGGCACAUUGUGACGGAGCCCGGGCUGAGGAGCUGCUCCCUGGUUCUCCACGUGCUGCCAGCAGCGCUGGAACUGCCCGAGCCAGAGCGGAGCCGCUGUUCUCAGCUGCAGCCAGGAUCUGCCCCCGGCCCCGCUGGGAUCCAGAGGCCAGUGACCUUCGAAGAGGUGGCUGUGUAUUUCACCAGGGAAGAGUGAGCUCUGCUGGACCCCGCUCAGAGAGCCCUCUACUGCUAUGUCAUGCAGGAGAACUAUGAGACAGUGGUUUUGCUGGGCCAGAGAAUAACAUCCAUGUUUCGCUGCAGAUCAUCUCGUCCUCCCAGGGUCAAGGAAAUGGCUGCAAUGGAGCUGGCUCAGGGGCCGAUGACCUUCGAGGAAGUGGCUGUGUAUUUCUCCAGGGAAGAGGGGACUCUGCUGGACCCCACUCAGAGAGCCCUCUAUAGGGAUGUCAUGCAGGAGAACUAUGAGACGGUGGUCUUUCUGGGUAAGGAUUCCUGUCCCUUCUGUUCUUGGAAGAGGAAAUGACGAGUGAAGGUUCAUGCCACCCCCACAAUGCCAUCUGUACCCUGUCCUGUUUCAGCAUCACCCCAAUAGGCCAGUGACACACAUACUACCGGAGACCCUCCCCUGCUUCAGAACACUUUGGGAACAGAGCACAGGAGCAGUAUCACACAAUGUCAAAUAUCUCCUCUUUACUCAAGUAAAACUGGGGGUUACGUCCAGCAUAAUGAACAGAAGCUUCCUACCCCCAGCCUUCUCUCAAACCCUGAGCCUUCUCUACCCAAACCAGAAUGUGCUUGGGGUGUAACAAGCAGGCGGCUGGAAUCAGAGCUGCCGGUCCAGGGUUACUUAUCAUACAGACACUCAGUGCGUCCUUGAACGCUGGCUGGGAGUAUCCAGACAGGGGAGCUCCAGCAGCAGAACUCUGAAUCUCACCCAGGAUUACAGAUGACGCAACUCCUCACUGAUCUAGAUUGUACCCUAGCAUGUGAAAAUGGCCUAGGUUGGUAGUGACAUUUCUUGAGACAUGGAGAGUCUUGCUCCCAUAUCACCAGGUGUAAUAAAAAUAAUAGGAAAGGCCAAAUAUGGAAAACUGAUUGUUCAGCUUGCUUUUGACCUGCAUCAUAUUUUGCAAUAUAUUCCAAAUAAGGAAAUUAAUGUGCAACGUAUGUGUCAUUGUUUGUGGUUUUAAGUUGUAAAAGGCUUGUGUGAUUUUUAGC